AUGGGUGGCGAGGACUCCGGAAGCGCACUAGCCAAUCGGGUGGAUGCACGUUGUGGCUACAAUAACCUUGAUUCAUUCUUAGCUAGACGCAUCUUCGGCGAGCUGGAUGCUCUAUUGAAUGAGCAUAAUGAAUUGUUGAAAAUAUUCAAAUCCCACAUGCACAAAUUAGAAAGCAAUAAUCACGGUAUUGUUAUUAAUCCUGAUAAAACACCAGCUGGAGAAUACAUUCGUAGAUUCAAUGCACCUGUUGCUGACGACGUUGCUGGAAUCAUGGUUGGCGAUCGUACAGGUGCACGAGAAAUUGUGAUUCGUAGGAGAAAUAAUAAUCUUCAGUUCAUUGCUGAUACACACCGUUCAUAUGACGCUCUCCAAUAUCCGCUAAUCUUCUGGAAGGGACAAGACGGAUAUAGCAUAAAUAUUAAACAACGAGAUCCCGUAUCAGGAGCCGAAACAAACAAGAACGUUAGCUCGAAGGAUUAUUAUGCGUAUAGAUUGAUGAUUAGACGCGGGCUGGAUAACGUCAUUCUACGAUUUCGAGAGCUUUGUCAACAAUUCAUGGUCGACAUGUACGCGAAGAUAGAAGUUGAACGACUACGAUACUUACGAUAUAAUCAACUCAAGCUACGUGUGGAAGAGUACAUUCACUUGCGAGACGCUAUUGUCAACAACGCCGACGCCGUCGAAAUUGGUAACUCUGUCAUUCUACCAUCAUCGUACGUAGGCAGUCCACAUCAUAUGCAAGAGUAUAUACAGGAUGCUUUGACUUUCUCGCGUGAAUAUGGACGACCGUGUUUAUUUAUCACGUUCACAUGUAAUCCAAAAUGGCCAGAGAUUACAUCUUUGCUGUUGCCUGGCCAAAAUGCAAUACAUCGUCAUGACAUUACAGCACGUGUGUUUAGACAAAAGCUGAAGUCAUUAAUAAAUUUUAUUACUAAAUCACAUGUAUUCGGUCCCACACGUGGCUGGCUGAAUUCGGUUGAGUGGCAGAAGCGAGGAUUACCUCAUGCCCACAUUUUGGUUUGGUUAAUCGACAAAAUCCGUCCUGAAGAGAUAGAUAAUAUAAUUUCUGCAGAAAUUCCCGAUCCGUCUACUGAUCAAUUGCUGUUUGAUAUUGUUACAUCAAACAUGAUUCAUGGCCCAUGCGGUAUUUUUAAUCGUUCAUCGCCUUGCACGUCAGAUGGAAAAUGUACAAAAAAUUUUCCUAAAAAUUUCACUACUGAUACAAUCACAAAUGUCGACGGAUAUCCAAUAUAUCGUCGAAGGAAUCCAGAUAAUGGCGGACAAUCAUUUAUUAAAAACAUCAGCAACACAGACAUUGAUAUUGACAAUCGUUGGGUCGUGCUAUAUUCGCCCCUGCUGAGCAAAACAUACAAUGCUCAUAUUAAUGUUGAGUUCUGCAGUUCUGUGAAGAGCAUCAAAUACAUUUGCAAGUAUGUCCAUAAAGGCAGUGACAUGGCGGUGUUUAGAGUGGAAAAUACCAAUGUGAAUGCUCCUCCAGUAAAUAAAAACGAUGAAAUAACGCUCUACCAAAUAGGUCGGUACAUCAGUUCCAAUGAAGCUGUUUGGCGUAUCUUUGGUUUUCCAAUUCAUGAACGGGAUCCAGCAGUUGUUCAGUUAGCCGUUCAUCUUGAAAAUGGUCAGCGUGUAUAUUUCACGAACGAGACAGCGAUUGAUCGUGCUAUAAAUCCACCAAAAACUACACUCACUGAAAUUUUUGAAUUGUGUAAUCGUGCGGAUGAUUUUGGUGCCUUUGCACCCCGAGCAGAGAUAUUGUGGGAUAAUCACAAAGAUUCAAUGACUGAUGAUAUAUUGCAUCAACAUCGUACAUGGUGUAACGAUCUAGCUAUAACAUUCAGCGACGAUAUGUACAAUGAAGCAUUGAUUGCUGUUGAGGAUCUUUGCAUUAUCAUUGCCAACUUACCACUCAGUCAUUUCGGUAUGAAUUCGCCAAAUCGAGGUGCAACUGAUUUAAUGAACACUGAAAUGAAUCGUGAAAUGCAGUACAACACUGUAGAAACGGCGGCGAUUGUUACUCGCAAUGUCCCACUAAUGAAUGAGGAACAAAGAACCAUUUACGACCGCAUUAUGCUCGCAGUUUCAGCAGGACAAGGUGGGUUCUUCUUUUGA